AUGGAUAGCCUACUAGAUCUUACGGCGAACGUCACCCUUUUGGGGGCGGAGGAAUUCGUGACCCCCAGUGUUAGUUUUAUCGAACAGAAAUGGAACGCAUUUCUAGAUAUAAUCGGUGACGAUGUCGACACGCUUUACGUUUGGUUCCUGACAGCGUACACGUACGGGUUCUUCUGGCUCGUCGGCGGCUUGUUUGUGCUAAUGGAUCUCACCAACAAGCCACGGUUUUUGCGCAAAUUCAAAAACCAACCCGGCGCCAACGAACCACUCCAGUGGGAUAAAUUUGUCAACCUGGUCAAAACCAUCGCCUACAACCAGCUGGUGUUCGGUGUGCCGACCUCCUACCUGUCGUACCAUGCGCGCAAGUUCAUCGGGGCCGACAUUCCCGAUCCACGCGUGCUACCAUCGCCGUACAUCAUCGUACGGGACGUUAUGGUGUGCAUCGUGGCGUGGGAGAUCACCUUCUACUACAGCCACCGGCUGCUGCACUCGACCUUCUUUUACAAGCACAUCCACAAGAAGCACCACGAGUGGAAGGCACCGGUGGCCUGGUCGGCCAUGUACGCGCACCCGUUCGAGUUCAUUAUCAGCGACCUGCUGCCGGUCUACGUCGGCCCAGCCAUCAUGACCAGCCACGUGUUCACGAUCGUCGUCUGGUUCACGUUCGUCAUGAUGGACACACUGGUCGACCAUUCCGGGUAUCACCUCCCGGUGCUCGGUAGCUCCGAAAUGCAUGAUUACCAUCACCUCAAGUUCAACCAGUGCUACGGUCUCUUCGGCUGGUUGGACGGACUGCACGGGACGGAUAGCGAGUUUCGCAAGAAGAAGCAGUACCAGCGGCACCACCGUAUCUUCGCCCUCAAGUCGGCCCGCGAACUGGUCCCGGAGCACUAGGGGUGGAAGCGGGAAGCGGGGUUUGGGUUCACGCCACCAGCUCCAGGAAGGAUGCUGCACCCCCGUCGGACCCUGCGUGCCCGGGGCCCACCGAUAUCGAGAGCAGUGUGCGCGCCAAC